UAGGGAAGACAUAUUGCCAGUCGUGCAAGAAAAAAUGCUCGGGAGAAGUUCUUCGAGUACAAGACAAAUAUUUUCACAUGCAAUGCUUCAAAUGCAAAGUGUGUCGAAGUUCCUUAGCUAAAGGUGGAUUUUUCUCCAAGGACGGGGAAUAUUAUUGUACAAACGAUUACCAAAAGAAUUUUGGGUCGAAAUGCGCUAUCUGUAACGAAUAUGUUGAGGGCGAGGUCGUUACUGCGCUAGGAAAGACAUACCAUCAGAAAUGUUUCACGUGUAACAGGUGCAAGCAAAACUUUCCGGCUGGAGAGAAAGUUACCUAUACCGGCAAAGAGGUGCUCUGCCCGAAAUGUGUUCAAGUACCAGUACCUCAGACUACUUCAAAAAGUAGCCCAACUACAAACAAUGCUAACGCCAGCGCCAAUGAAUGCGCAGGCUGCAAGGAAGAACUGAAGGAGGGUCAAGCGCUGGUCGCUUUAGAUCGCCAAUGGCAUAUUUGGUGCUUCAAGUGCAGUACAUGCGGCGUAAUAUUGCAUGGCGAAUACAUGGGAAGAAACGGAGUACCGUAUUGCGAAAGGGAUUACCAGAAGCAGUUCGGCGUUAAAUGCGCUUACUGCAACAGAUUCAUCAGCGGUAAAGUUUUACAGGCUGGCGAUAACCAUCAUUUCCACCCUACUUGUGCUCGUUGCACCAAAUGCGGGGACCCGUUCGGAGACGGGGAAGAGAUGUACUUGCAAGGCGGUGCUAUUUGGCAUCCCAGAUGCGGCCCUGGACCUACAGAGAACGGGGAGAUCCUGAACGGAACUGGCGAAGCAAACGGCCAUUGCACCGAUACUGAUAUAUCGAUCAGAGAUUUCGAUAGACAUAGCACUUCUGGUGCUAGUGAACUUCAGUUUUCCAUGAGAUCGCGCACUCCUAGCUUGAACGGUUCAUUAUAUAGUCCUACAAGCAUGUCUAGGAAGAUGUACAGUUAUAGAUCACCGUCGCCGGGUUUAAUAUUAAGAGACCACAACAAAUCAGCUAAUUUCAUGGACGAUAUAUCCAGAAUAUACACGUAUAGUUACCUAACCGACGAGCCAGGUUACCUAAGAAAACCUAUCCACCCGUACGAUAAAGCACCCACUUCGCCGCAUUUCCACAGACCGACUUCUCAAAACUCGUUGCGUAGCAGUUCGGGUUCGGGCAGACGGAGCACAUCGAGGUCCGGUAUGAAGGUAUUAGUCGAUUCCAUACACACCGAAGUGCCCAGACCGAAGUCGCCGCACAUGAACAACGAGGAGCCCAUCGAGUUGGCCCAUUUCCCGGGGGCCAAACCGCCGCCGCCCGGCGAGCCGUCGAAGAUCGAACGCGACGAUUUUCCGGCGCCUCCGUAUCCUUACACCGAUCCCGAGCGCCGGAAACGCUGGUCCGAUUCGUACAAAGGUGUGCCGUCAGAUGAAGAUGAAGUGGACAAUGCCAAGGAGGGCGAUAUUCAAGAUGAGAAAUUGAAGAAAGAAGAGAACGAGCUGAGUAAAAUCGCUAGUGGUAUAGGGAAGGUUUUCUUGAAGAACGUGCAGGAAAGAGAGAAGUUCAAGCAAUGGAAAGCUGCUAAUUUGGAUCCUAGGAAUGCAUCUAGAACUCCUUCUGCGAAUAAAGAGCCGAACUAUAGAUUCAGAUACGACAAUCCUAUUGGUGCUAGUCCUUCAAGAAAUUUAGAUCAUCCCAGACCAUUUGAUGAUGAACUGGAAUUCGAUAGGUCUAUGAGUUGUCGUUCGUCUAUGGGCAGAUCAGUCGGUGCUAUACCUAAUUACAAUAUAGUUUCAUCUUUACGAACAGUACCUAAACCCGGUUACGGACUUAAAUCCUCCACUUUAUCCAGUAGACAAGAAUUUGGUGAUUAUCCGUUUAGCGGGAUGGGUACUAAAACUUACAGCUCUGACUUCAGUUGCGGAAAAUCCGAUAUUUCAACAGGUUCCAUAACGGACGUGGAACGACGCGCAGUGCACUGCGAGAUGCCCGUUUCGACGACGUACACCGGCCCGUUCGUUCGCUAUCCCACGGGAUACGCGUCCCAACAGGUGAGACGUUCCUUGCCCAACAUGGCGCAUUCGAUGCUGAUAAACGAACCGGCGAAAAUCUAUCCCUAUCAUCUGUUGGUAGUCUCUAAUUUCCGCCUGCCGUCGGACGUCGAUCGAAUGAACUUGGAGAGACAUUUGUCCGAUCAAGAGUUCGAGGCGUGUUUCGGCGUGGCGAGAUCGGAUUUCUACCGCAUGCCGCAGUGGAAGAGGAGCGACAUGAAGAGGCGGGUUCGCUUAUUUUAA